AUGUUUCCCGUUCUGGCUAGCACAGGGAGCCUAAAAAUGCUUUUCAUAUACGCUCAUUAUGAGAAUAUAAUAUAUUUCACAAUGACUGAAUCUCGUGGAAGUGACGUGGAAGUCUUUCUGGACGGGCUGCCUCCUUCCACCAACAGAUACACCUACGAGGGGAAGGAGCAACUCCAUCAAAUUCUGAAAAUCGAAUAUGGCCGCCUAGGCCCACCACCCCAUCUCCAGUCUGAACCAUCCAAGCUCAAUCUCGAAAUAUCCGAAUACUUCGUGAUUUUCAUUGAUCCCUCCUCUUUCGACCAAGAGUUUUUGCUCCCAGACCCAAUCGCUGGUCUUCGUCUAUUCUACAGCGCCGCCCUACAUACCCUGGUUCUCAGAAUGUCAACUCCCACGCAUUCUCAAGUUGCCGGUGAAUUGCAUACCGCAGUCUUAAUUGCAUUGCUACCCAUGGGGCUGAAGCAAAAGAUUCAAGUAUAUGGAGGAGUGAACGUUCCUGUCGGCAAUGGAAACAUCAAGCAGCCAGAUGGAGGCUGGGGCCCCAUUCGGCACGCCCGUGGUGUCCCAAUACGACCCGGGGUAGUCGUGGAGGUUGGGGUGUCCGAGUCUGAAACGAAAUUGCGCAACGACGCAAGAAUGUGGGUGGAUCCCGCCAGAGGGGAGGUAGAUAUGGCCAUCAUACUGAAAGUCAACCGGAGGAAGCCCCAGCUAAAAUUUGAUACCUGGGAAUGGGACUCGGGUAUCCAAUGUCCCCAUGUCACACAAUCCUGCGUGAUCGAAAGGUCUGGUGAUAAGACCACUGUCUCCCACCACCCAAUUACGAUACCCUUUGGAUACAUUUUCCAACGGUCCCCAGAUAUUCCAAGAGAGACCGACAUUCGACUUGAAAAGCAGGACCUGAUCGACAUGGCGAGUUCGGUAUGGGCUGCGCAAGACCUAUGA